AUGUGGCUGUGGACAGGAGGCUUCGUGGACCUUUUCCCCACACAGGACUGCGAGGACUCCGAGGACUCCGAGGACUACGAGGACUCCGAGGACAGCGAGGACUCCAAGGACUGCUGGGACUGCGGGGACUUCGAGGACUCAGAGGCCAGCGAGGACUCUGAGGACUCCGAGGACUCCGAGGACUGCGAGGACUCCGAGGACUCCGAGGACUCCGAGGACUGCUGGGACUGCGGGGACUUCGAGGACUCAGAGGCCAGCGAGGACUCCGAGGACUGCGGGGACUCCGAGGCCUGCGAGGACAGCGAGGACUCUGAGGACUGCGAGGACAGCGAGGACUCUGAGGACUGCGAGGACUGCAAGGACUCUGAGGACUGCGAGGCCUGCGAGGCCUGCGAGGCCUGCGAGGCCUGCGAGGCCUGCGAGGACUGCAAGGACUGCGAUUGCAACAAGGACAUUAUGGCAGCGAGGAUUUUAAGUAAAUAA